CACCGCCGAGUUGCGUUGUCGUCGUGAUGCGUUAGCUCCUGACGUUUUGAUGCAACACCCUGUACAUCUCGGGUCUCGUAGCGCCGGUCCAUCCAGCCAAAGAUGAUGAUGUUGAUGAAUUUGGUCACUUGAACUCAACCAAACAUCCUUACUGGACAUGGGGGUCCUACGCGGGUCUCCUUUUUGCAAAGGAGCGGAGGUUUAAAGGGGGAGGGGGGGCUCUACUUGACAGUGGUGGUCUCGUAGAAAUGGAUCAGGAAUACGAGAGACGUCUGUUAAGGCAAAUCAACUACCAGAACCUACCGACGGAAACCACCAAGGUCAGACAUGAAAAGUCUGGAGGUGCUGCGUGCAGUCCUGUCAGUGUCAAGUCAGGGGACCGCUUCAUUCCCACUCGUGCAGGAAGCAACUGGAGCAUCAAUUUCCACUAUGCCAAUGAAAACUGUCGCUCACCCAAUCAGAACCACAAAGCAAAGGAUGCCAGUUCAGACUCCGGCAAAGAUGCGGUGGCGUAUGCUGCUCUGUUGAGGAAUGAACUGCUGGGGGCAGGGAUAGAUACAGUUCCAGACCUCCACACAGAUGACCGACGACAUGCGGUCCUCUCUCAAGACUGUCACAGCCUUUUUAGGUACACUGUCCAAUCUAAGAGAGUGCCUUUCGAUAGCGAUCAUGAAGUCUCGCCCUACUCCCUUUCUCCACUUAGUAACAAAAGUCACAAGCUGCUCCGCUCCCCUCGGAAGCCAGCCCGCAAGAUCUCCAAGAUCCCCUUUAAGGUGCUGGAUGCCCCAGAGCUGCAGGAUGAUUUCUACCUCAAUUUGGUAGAUUGGUCAGCAGGCAACCUGCUCAGUGUGGGGCUGGGAGCCUGUGUCUACCUAUGGAGUGCCUGCACCAGCCAGGUGACGAGACUGUGUGACCUUUCAGUCGACGGAGACUCUGUCACGUCAGUUUGUUGGAACGAGAGGGGAAGCCUGGUUGCUGUCGGAACCCAUAAAGGUUACGUUCAGAUCUGGGAUGCAGCGGGAGGGAGGAAACUAACCAGUCUGGAGGGUCACUCAGCCCGUGUAGGUGCCCUGGCAUGGAACGGAGAGCAGCUGUCGUCUGGGAGCCGCGACAGGGUGAUCUUACAACGGGACGUCAGAACCCCCCCCUCAGCCGAGAGGAGGCUGCAGGGCCACAGGCAGGAAGUGUGUGGCCUUAAAUGGUCCCCAGAUCACCAGCACCUUGCCUCUGGAGGCAAUGACAACAAGUUACUUGUGUGGAACAGCUCCAGCCUGCUCCCAAUGCAGCAGUACAGCGACCACCUGGCAGCAGUGAAGGCCAUUGCCUGGUCACCCCACCAGCAUGGGUUACUGGCCUCUGGCGGGGGAACAGCUGACCGCUGCCUGCGUUUCUGGAACACCCUGACAGGCCAGGCCCUGCAGAGCACAGACACAGGCUCCCAGGUCUGCAACCUGGCCUGGUCCAAACAUGCAAAUGAACUGGUGAGUACUCAUGGCUACUCUCAGAACCAGAUUCUGGUGUGGAAGUACCCGUCACUGACCCAGGUGGCCAAGUUGACAGGACACUCGUACAGAGUGCUAUACCUGGCUGUGUCACCCGAUGGGGAGGCUAUCGUCACAGGUGCAGGGGAUGAGACUCUUCGUUUCUGGAACGUAUUUAGUAAAACACGGUGCACAAAGGAAUCAAAGUCUGUGUUGAAUCUCUUCACAAGAAUACGAUAGUGACUGGCUUGGGUUGGGACUCACUCCGUGGGAGACCAACGAGAUGACAAAGACACAUCAACACCCUCAAAUCAAAACUCUCGCACUGUCACCUGCAGAUAUGCUGUAGACCCUAACUCAUCACUCUUAUCCCUCACAUGACAACAAUACUUCUCAAUUCCACUUUUUUAAGGAUACAAUCCCCCAACUUCCAGAAACAACUGCCGUCCCUAUGAAGUGAUGUCAUUGAUUCAAAACAUGCAGUAUAGAGUCAGGGCACGUCUGCAUACAAAGUCUGACCUGUCUUUUGGAUUUUUUUUUUUCUGUCGUGGACGUGGUUUAAAAAAGUUUUAUUAUAUAUCUAUAUAUAAGCUAAAGAUUAUGUAUACCAGAGCUAUAAGUUAUAUAGUGGUGAUGACAUCAUGUUUCUAAAUUGUUCUCCUUUGUAACACCAAGUGAAGAGGAGGCCAGAAAUCUUUGGCCUGGCUUGGGGGGAGGGGGGAUUUCUAUAUUUUGAUAAUGUAUGAUACUAUACAACAGAUGAGAAACAAUAAAUAACUGGCACCACUCACAGUUGCUCAUGCAGCUGCAGAGACUAAGCUGUGUUUAUUAAUGUUUUAGUCAUCUCAGAUUCGUGUGGGUCAGUUUUAAGUGAAAAAAACAAAAUGGAUGAGCCAUUUGGAAACAACUUGAAAUUGUCUUUGUUUUGUCCUAUCUUAUCGUGAAGUAUUUUUCUUGCUGUGCAUCUUGACCAAACGGUAUUUGGCAAGAAAGUGAUCAUGAAAACACAGGUCCCACAGGCCUAUCAUUCACAUAUUAGUUAUCUGGCUAUAAACUCAGGUAAUA